GCAAGUGCGGAAAUGCGCUGGCCCCGAGUGUGAACAGUUUCCGGCCGGUGGUGCCGCACCGGCUAGCCGGAGACGUGUAACGGACGGUGGGCCGCAGCCAUGGCCGAGAGGAAACCUAACGGCGGCGGUGGUAGCGCUUCCACCUCUUCGUCGGGCACUAACUUACUCUUCUCCUCAUCGGCUACGGAGUUCAGCUUCAGCGUGCCCUUCAUCCCAGUCACCCAAGCCGCCGCUGCCCCGGCCUCCCUGCUCUUGCCAGGAGAGGAUUCCACAGAUGUCGGGGAGGAAGACAGCUUCCUUGGUCAGACUUCUGCUCAUAUCUCAACCCCACAGACCUUUAGUUACUUCUCUCAGGUGUCAAGCAGUAGUGAUCCUUUCGGGAACAUUGGACAGUCACCGUUAACAACUGCAGCAGCACCAGUUGGACAGUCAGCCUUCUCCAACCCCCCGACUGCUCUCCCUUUUACAACUGGAUCCCAAGAUGUGUUGAAUGCAUUUUCACCAUCCAUUUCAGAAUCUUCCUAUGGCACUCCCCCUCCUUCACAGAUGGGAAUAAAUACUUAUCUGCCUUCUCAGCCGACUAAUCUCCCUCCUUCAAAUUUUGCAAGCCCACCCCAAGGAGCACCCCAGCAAGGAUAUAAUCCGUAUCGCCACGCCCCUGGAAUCAGCAGGACUAAUCCUUAUAUUGCACCACCACAGCUGCAGCAGUGCCAGACACCAGGCCUCCCCACCCCUCCUCCGCCCUCUGGACCCCCUGUUCAGAUGUACCAGGUGCCUCCUGGAUCUCUGCCACUGAUUCCUUCUUCAAUGCAGUCAGCGUUGCCCCCAUCAGCACAGCAACAGGCACUUGCUAGGCCUCCAGGUCCAUCUGUACAAGCACCAUCUCCUUUUUUACUUCAAAAUCAGUACGAACUGAUUCAGCCCCACUGGUUUUACUGUAAGGAGGUAGAACAGAAACAACUAUGGAUGCCUUUCAGUGUGUUUGACUCUAUGAAUCUUGAAGAAAUCUAUAAUUCAGUCCAACCAGACCCUGAGAGUGUGGUUCUGGGGACGGAUGGAGGGCGUUAUGAUGUUUACCUUUAUGACCGAGUGAGGAAAGCUGUGUACUGGGAAGAAGAGCCAGCCGAAGUGAGACGCUGCACUUGGUUUUACAAGGGCGAUACUGAUAGCAGAUUUAUUCCCUAUACAGAGGAUUUCAGUGAAAAACUAGAGGCUGAAUAUAAAAAAGCUGUAACUACAAAUCAGUGGCACCGGAGAUUAGAGUUUCCCAGUGGAGAGACAAUUGUUAUGCACAAUCCUAAGGUUAUUGUUCAGUUCCAGCCUUCCUCAGUGCCAGAUGAAUGGGGGACCACACAGGAUGGACAGACAAGGCCCAGGGUUGUAAAACGUGGAAUUGAUGAUAACCUUGAUGAAAUUCCUGAUGGAGAAAUGCCUCAGAUUGACCAUUUGGUGUUCAUGGUACACGGCAUUGGACCAGUGUGUGACUUGCGCUUUAGAAGCAUUAUUGAAUGCGUGGAUGAUUUUAGGGUGGUUUCUCUCAAAUUGCUGCGGACACAUUUCAAGAAAUCUUUAGAUGAUCAGAAAGUAAGCAGAGUGGAAUUCCUUCCAGUUCAUUGGCAUAGUUCCCUGGGUGGGGAUGCCACAGGUGUUGACAGGAAUAUUAAGAAGAUCACUUUACCAAGUAUUGGUCGGUUCCGUCAUUUUACCAAUGAAACCUUGCUGGAUGUUUUAUUUUACAAUAGCCCCACCUACUGUCAGACGAUUGUGGAAAAAGUGGGAAUGGAGAUAAACCGUCUGCAUGCACUCUUUAUGAGUCGGAACCCAGACUUCAAAGGAAGGGUCUCUGUUGCUGGUCAUAGUUUAGGUUCUUUAAUAUUGUUUGACAUACUGUCUAAUCAAAAAGAUUUGAAUUUAUCAAAGUCUCCUGGGACUCUUGCUGUUGCUAAUGGAGUUGUGAAGCAACCACCUAUUCAAGAAAAGCAGAUGACUGAAGAGCCAAAGCUGACUUUGAAUGAAUCUUGUGACCUUGAUGUUGAAAAUGAAGAAGUCUUAACUUUGCAAGAAACUCUUGAAGCACUUAGCCUGUCUGAAUAUGUUAGCACUUUUGAAAAGGAAAAGAUUGAUAUGGAAUCCUUGCUGAUGUGUACAGUCGAUGACCUGAAGGAAAUGGGCAUUCCCCUUGGACCCAGAAAGAAGAUAGCUAACUUUGUCAAACAUAAAGCAGACAAACAGGAACAGAAAAAAGCAGCAUCAGAAAAGAAGGCAAUGGUGGCUGCUCCAACAGAAGGGCAAGAGGAAAGUGCUCAGAAAACUAAAGAAAUGGCUUCUCUUCCUUCAGAGUCUAACGAGUCAAAGAGGAAACUUCCAGUCGGUGCUUAUGUUUCUUCUGUGAAUGUUGAUUAUGAGUCUUUUGAAGUUGGCACAGGACAGGUUUCUGUUGUUUACAACUCAUUAGACUUUGAACCAGAGAUUUUCUUUGCCCUGGGAUCUCCAAUUGGUAUGUUUCUCACUAUUCGAGGAGUGGAUAGGAUAGAUGAGAACUACAGGCUUCCUACCUGUAAAGGAUUCUUCAAUAUUUAUCAUCCACUUGAUCCAGUGGCAUAUAGAUUAGAACCCAUGAUUACUCCAGAUUUGGACCUAAAAGCAGUUCUCAUUCCACAUCACAAGGGCAGAAAAAGACUUCAUUUAGAGCUGAAAGAAAGUCUCUCUCGUAUGGGAUCUGAUUUGAAGCAGGGGUUUAUUAGCUCUCUGAAAAGUGCUUGGCAGACAUUAAACGAGUUUGCCCGUGCUCAUACCUCUUCAACUCAGUUGCAAGAAGAAUUGGAGAAGGUAGCCCAUCAAAUCAAAGAAGAAGAAGAAAAGCAAGUAGUUGAAGCAGAAAAGAUUGUUGAAAGUCCAGAUUUUUCCAAGGAUGAGGACUACUUAGGAAAGGUUGGAAUGUUAAACGGAGGCCGCCGAAUUGACUACGUUCUUCAAGAAAAGCCGAUAGAGAGUUUUAAUGAAUAUCUUUUUGCUCUUCAGAGUCAUUUAUGCUAUUGGGAAUCUGAAGAUACUGCCCUGUUACUACUUAAAGAAAUUUAUCGAACAAUGAAUAUUAGUCCAGAACAGCCCCAGCAUUGACUGGACUUCAGUGUCACUGUGAAGGGUUCAUCUGUUGAAUGAUGCCACAAGACAUCCAGGCUGAUUGCAUCUUUUCACCUGUAUGUUGGCUAUGGCGGCCAUGGUUACAAGAUGAUCCCAUAGUUCCAGACUUGUUAUUUACAUUCAAGGCGUGAAUAAGUGGGGAAAGGGCAUUGUUGGUUAUAUCUCUCCUUUUUAAUCAAGAAAGUAAGAGCAUAUUAAAAAAUUUUCUCAUGACUAAUUAACUAGGGCUGUGUCACAUAUCCCACAUCUGACCGCCUGCCCACACGUGCAUGAAAGAUUGAAAAAGUGAAGUUUUAAGCAGUCUUAGUCUUUGUAAAAAGGAAAGGAAUAGAGAAGGGAAUUAAAACUAUGAUGGGUGAGCCAACCUGCAAUGUCUGCCACAAUCUGUAUUCAUAACUGUCCUAAAAUACCUGGUACGUGUUUUCCUCACUAGAUUGGGCAACACUUUAAAAUAUAGGUAAUGUAUUUUUUUUAAAAAGUAAGAAACUUUGAUGCUUUUAAGAGAGUGAUAGAUAAAAGUGCUGACCUCUGAAUUGCUGAAAUCGAAGUAAUUCCUAGUACUUUCUGAUUUUCUAAAAAUAAAUAAGUGAAGGUCCCUUCAACCUCCAUUCUCAUUUUGAAGAGGUAACCACUUUUAAUAGGGUUUCCUUAGGGAAGUUUUUCUCUGCAUAUUCAAGUAAAAAUCUAUUUUAGUAUUAAAGGGGUUUUAUUGAAUAUAUUUUUCUACAAUUUGAUGUUUUCAAUCACAUAUAGCUUGUAUAGCUUUCCAUAUCAUUAUGCGUAGGUCUUUUUCAUUUUCUUUAAUGGCUGCAUAGUAAUGUAUUUUACGGCUGGCUAUAUCCCAUUUUAUUUAGCCAGUUUUUUUGUUACUGGGAAGAUAGAUCAUCUUCAGUAUUUUUUAUAUUACACAUUAGUGAGUCUUAGUUGGUAGGGUAGAGGAGAGGACUGAAAGCCAUUUUUUAACCAGACUCUUAGUGUCAUUUUUCAGUACUCACUCAUUUCUGAUUUUAUAAUAUUAAAAUAAACUAAGUAUUAUGUCAAAGACUACCACAGUUCAGAUUUUCAUUUAUAAAAUAGUCAUUCAGUUGGUUGACAAAUAUAUGUUCAGCACUUACUAUGUGCCAGGCACCAGUUUUCACAAUUGGGAUAAACAAGAUUGCAUUCUCACUCUCAAGAAAUUUACCUUCUACUGGGAGGGGAUCUACAGUAAACCUGUAUUCUAAUACAUAAGUAAAUUUCAAAUAUUGAUAAAUUCUGCAGAGAAGAUGGAAUAAGAAAAUGUGGUGGAGAGUGACUGGGGUUGCUUCUGGGGAAGACCUUGCUGAGUUGAUGACAUUUGAGUUGAAAUUUGAAUGAUGAGAGGGAGGGAGAUCCAUGAGGUUGUGAGGGGAAGAACAUUCCAAGCAGAAGGAAGAGCAGCUGCAAAGGUCAUGAGAUGGAAACAGACAUGUCAUAUAUGAGGGACAGAAAGCAGGCAAAGUAUAGCUGGAGGGUAACAUGUGGAGAGCAGAAUGGAGGGAGAUGAGUCAGGGGUAGACAGGUCUGAUUAUGAGGGAUUUAACCAGGUGUUUGCAUUUUAUUCUAAGUGUAAUGGAAAUGUUGGGGCUUUUAAGAAGAGGAGUGACAAGUUUUGUUUAUGCUUUAGAAAGAUUGCUUUGAGUACUGGGUGGAGAGUAGAUUCUUAGAAGGGCAAGAAAGGAGGCAGAGAGAAUAAUUAAGAGGCUGGUGUUGACUUUGAGGAGGGGUGUAGUUGUAGGGAUGGUGAGCUGAUUGAAUUCAGCCCUCCUGUGGAGGUAGUGUUUCAGGACUUACAGAUGAAUUUUCUGUAGGAUAUGAGGGAAAGAAAGUAGGAUGACUUCAGGACUUUGGUAUGACCAAGUGGGUAGAUGGUGGUGUCUUCUUAAGAGGACUUGAGGAGUGAGCAAAUAUGUGUUGGAGGUGGAGGGUGGGUAGAGAAUCAGUAGUUCUGCUUAGUCAAGUUAGUAGUUGAUGAUUUUGGUCUGAACCUCUGAAGAAAACUUAGAGCUAAAGAUAAUAAAUUGAGAAUCAUCAGCAUAUACUUGCCAUCUGAAGCCACAAACUUGGUGAAAUCACCUAGAAAGGGGAUGUAGGUGGAGAAGAGAAGAAGUCUUAUGGAGAAGGAGGAGCCAGUGAAGUGGGAGAGAAUCCAGGGACUUGUGAUCUCAUGAGGACCGACAGAAGAUUGCUUCUAGAAGGAGGGAGGAGUGGUCAGCCUUGCCAAAUGCUGCUGAGAGGUCAAGUAAGAGUAGGACCAAGAUGUGGCUAUUGGCCUCAGGAAGAUGUAGGUCAUCAGUGGUGGCCAAAGCUGUUUUAAUGUCAUGGUAGGGGCAAAAGUGGGUUAAGAAGAGGUCAAACAUCGGAGGAAAGAGCUUUUCUGUAAAGGGUAGCAGGAAUAAGGCACUAGUUAGAGGGCAACAUUUUAUGAUAUUAAGAUAUGUUUUUUUGCCAAUAAGAAUGAUCAGUUAUUGAGAGAGAGAUUGAUAAUGCAAGAGAGAAAGGAACUAAUUAUAGGAAGAAAUACUUGAAAAGGCCCUAGGGAUGGGACCAGUGUAGGAUGGAGGGCUUAGCCUUAGUAAAGGAGCAGAUUGCAUCCUCACUUGUUCCAGGAGGAAGGCAAAGAAUAUGACAUGUCCAGAUAGGGUGGUAAAAUUGGUGGUAGGAAGAGCAGGGGUUCUUUGGUAACUUCGACUUUUUGAAGUAUGUAGGAAGGUUGUCAGUUGUGGGCAAGGUGACCAGUGGAGAUUUGAGGAGAUUUGAGGAGAGAGAAGCUGAAUGAUACUCAUCCCAGAGUGUGGGAAAGGAGAAUUUACUAGCAAACUGCAGUAGGAUUGUUUUGCAGACUUGAAUGCCCGUUUGAUAUUUUGGUCCUAAAUUUGAAGUGAGUACAGUUAGCCCAAUUGCAUGGGUUUUCUCUGGCCAUGUUCUGCUUGGGAGAGGUUCCAAAUAAGCAUACAUUUGGACUUAACAGGGUUAGGGUUUUGCCAGACAAAUAAGACAGGAAGAUAAAUACAAGGGAAUUAAGGGAGGUGAUGGAGAGUGAAUAAAGCGAGAGAGUAAGUGGCAGGAUGAGGUUGGAGAAUCGCAGGAGCAAGAGUGAGCCGACAGGGUGGGAGUGGGUGAUCGUUCACUGAAUUAUCAGAUUCUUUGCUAAAUAAAUGCCCUUUCUGCCUACUUAAAAGCAGUUAAAAAAUCAUAAAAUAAUAAUUGCCUCAUGUAGAAACCUUUGAAAAUACAGAGCAAGAAGCAGAAGUCGCCUAUAAACUUACCAACCAAAAAUAUUGACAGUUGUUACAUGUUUCCAAGUUUUUUGCUAAGUCAUUUAUUGUUCAUUUUAUUUUACUACUUGGUAACUUGUUUUUUUCCACUUAAGGAUACAUUGUAUAAUUUUCCCAUAUCAGCCUAUAACUUGUGUGUAUGUGUGUGCAUGUAUUUACAGUUUUCAUUUUUAUUUUUUUCUGAAUAGUUCAGUUCUUUUAAAGUGACAGAAUUGAAGGAUCUCCCUCUUAUACUUCUUCCUCCAGUUUCCCUGCCCAGAGGCAAUCCAAGUUCCAGGUUUUGUGUAUUCUCGCAGACAUGUGCCAAUAUGUACACAUAUUUAAUUUUUUCUUUUUAAAAGACAUGUUAUAGAAAAAUAGACAUGCUGUUUUUACCUUUGUCUUUUGGAGAGUGUUUCUUCAUCCAUCCAUCCAUCCAGUAUUUAUUGAGUGCCGUGCUAUCUGCUAGGUACUCUUCCAGGCACUCGGAUUCACUGCAGUGGGCCAAAGUCUCUACCCUCAAGGAACUUACUUCCUCUGGGGAAGAGUUACUAGUUAAUAAACAAUUGAACAGUGUGCCAGACGGUGAUAAAUGCAGGGAGGGAAAAUAGAGCAGCAGGGUAAGUGGAAAAGGGAGUAUAUUUAGGAUGGGAGCAGUUGCUUUUGCAUAUGAGGUGACAUUUGAGCAAGUG